GGCGCUCCCCGGGCACACUGCUGCUGCGGGCCCAGGGAGGUUCCUCUCUGCAAGAGGAGUGGGCCUCCAGCGCCUCUCAUCUUCCUUCUUGUCCCCGUGGAGGCGCGGGGUUUCCAGYCCUACAUGCGGUCGCCAGCCCAUGUGGAAUAGCACCAAGAAAACACCCAUCUUUGCUGUUUAGUAUAACUCGAGUCAUUUUCAGGUGCAAAGUAUASUUUUCUGAUUGGUUAUCCAGAAUUAAUUCUCAUGUCAGCAGAAGGCUCGACCGUCACMGUCCGCCUCGUCCGCUCUUUUGAGCACCGGAAUUUCAGACCUGUGGUGUACCAUGGAGUUCCCCUGGAUCAGACAGUGAAGGAGUUCAUUGCUUUCGUGAGGAAGGAUGUGUCUUCAAGAACAGGACUUCCUCCUCCUUUUAAAAAUUACAAGUAUGAUACAAUGAAGAUUAUUCACCAAGCACACAAAUCUAAGACUGGGGAGCUUGUAGUGAGUUUGGAAGAUGAUGACAAACUGAUUUUGAAGGAAGACAGCACGCUGAAAGCAGCUGGAGUAGCAAAUGAGACGGAAUUAGCAUUCUUCUGUGAGGAAGAUUACAGAAACUACAGAGCUAAUCCUGUUUCGGCCUGGUAAAGAUCCCAAGAGAUUGUUUUGUUUUCCCAUACCUGUUGUAAAUUUUCCUUAUUCUGCUUAAUGAGAUUUUUCUUAAAGAUCAAUAAAUCCUAGAGGAUUUCUUUGCAAACAGUGCAAUUCCCUUCCUACAGAAAUUAAUUUCUGUCAAUAUGCUAMGGCUGAGAGAAGGAAAUCUGGGGGACAUAAAUGACUUUUUUCUUCCUGCCUUGUCUUUUUGCUGUGCUUGGCUCUUGUGCCUCAGGCAGUGCCAUCCCUGACCUGUGARCACAAGUUCUUGAUGUGAUCCCACAGCAGACAGUGGCUGCAUAUUGAGAUUAUGUAAUGCACAGGAACAUGCCAUCACAGAACUAACUUCUAAUGAAAAUGAAGUGAAACCUUCUUCAAAUGAAAUGUUUUAUGACCAAAUCACUGGGUAUUUUAAAGAACUUGAGAAGAGAAUAUCUUUGUUUUGAGUCAUAGCUUUGCUUCUCUCAUUUUAUGUUUGGUCUCUUUUGUUUAAAUAGUGCAGACAGGCCAKUGUUUCAUGCUUUUCAGUGGUGAAUGCUUUCCAUUAUCCACUCUUUCAGCCCUCUUUAGCAUGCUGGAAGGGACAAAUGUCUCUUGGCAGGCUUUUGUGUCCAAGGACCAGCUCUCCUGUUUGUAGCUUUACUUGAUGGGGACACCUUCCCAAAGGGAUAGGAACAGUGUUCUGCCAGGACACCAGUGUGCCUAAGUAGGAUCUGGGCRUUUUCCCAAAUGGAGUGAAAGCUCAUGGUUUCAGUUUUGAGAAUAAAACCUGAAUGAUUGCAUUUUUUGUGAGGAGAGGCCCAGUCUGUGAGCCACAUGUCUUCAAGACCUGGAAUUGAUUCCUUUAUGCUUUCCAUGAGCCAAAUGCUCUGGUGCUGUGUGUUUGUUCUUGGUAAUUCCAGACUUUCCUACUACAUGAACCCAAUUAAGAAUAAUAGAAAGUAAUCAUGCAUCCAGUGAGGUACCUUUAGAUAGAUACCACUUAUGAAAUGCUUUUUAGGGGGUGCCAACAUGGGACACUGUGCCUUUAAGCCUCUCUCCAUUGAAAUAGGAAUGAUGCUGGCUCUCUGCCUUAGCAGGUCUUUUGGGCAUAGGCUCUGCUAAAUUGAAAACCUCAUGUGAAAUUGUUUUAGACCUACACAUCUACUCUCAGCUCUGGGAGAGAGCUGACAAUGCUGUUUCCAUAAACUUUCUGGAGGAGUAACCCUACCAUUUCCUCGAGCUUUGAUUAUUGUUUUUAUUGACAUGUGGUACUGAAAGCAGAUGUGUGAUUUCCAAAGUAUCUAAAAAAAAUUWCCCUUUAUUUUAGAUGUAGGGCCAAAGACCCCUCUUUAUAUUGUUCCCACCUCAUUUUCCUCAUCCUGCCUGACCUCACCAACAGCUUUGCUUCAGGGCUUUAUUCUCUUGUGAAAAAACUCCACCGCAUUCUCAACUGUGAUUAAAUGAUGGUGUCUUUAUCUUGUAAGGAGUCCUGUGUCACUGAAGUCACCUGUGUUCUCCUGGGAUGCAGAUGCUGUUAUGCAUGCCCUGAUGAAUUUAAAAGGAGAAUUUACCUCUUGCCGUCCCUUUCUGCCCAGGCAGCCUCUGUUGCUGGCAUCUGCUCCCCAAACAUGGUCUCAGCURCCUUACACAGUCUGUCAUGUUUGCAGAUUAACGUGGUUAAUACAAGUUUGUGCUCAUCUUCUUAGACAGUUCAAGCUGAAGCAUUGCACUCCAGACUACCCCAGCUUUGUUCAGCCAAAUUUACCAUCAUGAAGGAAACUUUGUAAGAAUAGAUGUUGUACCAUAGAGAUCAGGGUCUCAGGCUGGCCUGCCAAGGCAUCUAAAUGGUGUUUGUCAGCACAUGAAGCCUCUCAGACUGAGCAACCAUUCUUUUCCUUCUGUUCUGGGAAUUUGAAUUUGGUCUCCAGCCCUUUCAGACAGAUUUGGAUUAGUUUUGUGAUCCCUUUUCUCUAAAGCAUUUGUGUUUGAAAGAGUCACCACAUUUUAACAAUUGUCCUUUCCGGGCUUGUGCAGUUCCAAACUUGCAGUGUCACAUCAAGUGUGGUACAGUGGAAGAGCAAUUCUACAGCAUCAGUGAGAAAAAACCUAAAUAUUCAAGAAUGAUGUGCCUGGCACUCCAGAUUAACUUCUCUUUCCAAGGGAAGAGUUAAACUUCUGCUUUGUGAGCUCAGUUUGCUCUGGCAAUGGCACUUCUUUCUUCAGCAGCACAGUAGAGCCUUUUGUAAUGCUCUCAAUGGCCAUACUUGUAAACUGGUUUCUUCCUGAAGUAUUUUUCUGCUGUGGGUUUGUUUUUAAUUUUUUUAAAUGGGACUUYUAGUAAUGGUUCUUUCAAGUAAACCCCACAAAACCACAGAUAAUAACUGAAAACUUGUUAGGAAAGAUGAUGUUCAAACAUUUUUUUUUUGUGGGAUAUGGCACAGCCUUGUAUCAAAGUAGAUUUGAUUCUGGGAUUGCUGAGUACUGAACGAAAUCUCUGAAGACUGGCUAAUAAAUUAGUAAAGACUGAGAUGUCUUUGCCCAUGUUAUUAUUAAAUCCUUUUUCUGGAUCAGAGUUAGUACUGUGGUUUGUUAUUCUGGCAGAAAUCAUGAACUGCAUGGGUUUACAGUUGCUUUUAAUCAAAAGUUUAGUGRGGUAGGUCUCACAGCUUUGCCAGUGUUCUUAGGCAUUGUGGGGUUAAUAAGGAUUCAUGUUACAGUGUGAUGUUCUUGGAACUAUUCACCAUUCUUUUURUUAAACAAAAGAGCAAUAUCCAGAGAGGACACUGAAAUGAGAUAAAAUUUAUCCUGGGUUAUAACAUUGUAGCAGGGUAAGGCAAUCAGACGGGMCCCUGGGGUGGUGUGUCGGGUUUGGCUGUUUCUUGGAGAAAAAAAACCACUUCAGAAAGACUGGAGUUUUGAUUAGGAGGUGUGAAAGAGUAGCUACUAAAGAAAAAGAGAGGAGAUUUGGAAAGGAAUURUCAUAAAUAGGAAGAAGUGGUAACAGUGUAACUGAAUAAACAGCAAAAUCUGCAUGUGCAGUAUUCUUGGUGUGGAGAUACCAGAGUGGUGCUGCUUUUUGUGGAACUAAAGGUAUAAAAAUGAUGCUUUUCAUAUUUUUUGAAAUGGAAUUAAUUAACCACUCAAAUAAAAAUCUCWCUUUUUCUGGCUUUGUCACAUUAUACUUUCUGCAUCCGACAAUUUUAAUUAUUUUUCUGCCCAAAGGUAGGGAUGUUGCCUCUUGAAGAGGCAAGAGUUAAGAAAAAUGGGCUGACAUGGAUAGCUGAGUUAAAUAUUGACCAGUGACACAAAGGAGUCCUCAAAGGUCUGAUAAGCACUUUACAGUUUUCUGCUUUAUCUGAUGUAAACAUUCUGUCUUAAAGGUGAUCCAGAAAUAUGUUGUGAGCUGUGGUGUUUCUCUUUCAAGUCUCUGGGAGUAUUUAACGUCCUCUGACUGAUCAUUUAUUUAGAAAUGAGCUUGUGAGGAGCAGUCCAAGAAUUCCCACAGCCAYGAUGGGACAUUCCUGUCCUCGGAAGUUAAUAGCCACAGAAAUCCUGGUGUCCUAAGAUCAAGAAACUAAAACCAGAACAUGUAAUACUCAUUCUUGGUUUCCUGUGGCUGAUAGGAUGUCGGAUACAGAGCAGGGCAGAUGACUGGAGGCACUACAAGUGCCUAAGGCAAGUGCACUCUUUUGGUUAUUGAGCAGUUUGGAAGGAGCUUCCUGGCUGGCACCUGACCUCCUUCCAUGGCUUCCUUUCCAUAGUACUACUUGGCACAGAUUUGCAAGGGAUUAAUGAGCCAAGAACCACCCAGCAGACAACUUAAGCUGCUUUUCAUUUUAUCAGGAUAUUGACUUUUCUCUGCUUCCCAUUUCCUAUUGAGUCAGAGAAACAGCCACAGCUUCUAGUGUUUCCCCAUCCCCUUUCCUCUGCUUCUUGCUGCCCCUUUGCUGAUUUGGAGUGCUUUAAUGGUUAGGUUUGCACCUCAUCUGAUAGGCAAUAGCUGCAUUUCCUGUGGCAGUGCAUGUACAUUUUCUAAAAUCUAUUCAUGAAAAAAUAUGCUUUGUAAUAGAGACCUUUUCUAUGCUGUCACUAAUAGUGCACAACAAAGGCUCCUUUCU